UAAGUAGACCACCGGAGAUGCGGCCUCCCCUGAGUUCCCAACAAUUCGUCAGCUGAGCCACAGAUUCCAGCGAGAGACCCCCAGGCAAGCAGCUAGAUAGCGCGACCAGUCUCCAGCGCAGCGCGCCUCUCCUCCCAUGGCGUCGGGUCAACAGGCCUUACAGACCUUCGUGCUGAGGGUGUCCAUCCACUGCCAUGGCUGCAAGAAGAAGGUCCGCAAGGUGCUCAAGGCCAUCGAAGGCGUGAACGAGGUGAAGGUGGACGCGCAGCAGCACAAGGUGACGGUGACGGGCACCGUGGACGCCCAGACGCUCAUCCAGCGGCUGCAGAAGUCGGGCAAGCAGGCCCUGCACUGGCAGAACCUGCACGCCUCGCCUACCAAGGACCCCGAGCCUGCGCCCGCCGCGACCAAGGCCCCGGCGCCGGCGCCUGCUGCUCAGGACGGCGGCAAGAAUGAUGCUCCGGCGGAGAAAAAGGCGGAGGAGCCGGUGAAGGAGCCGCAGGCCGAGAGCGCGGAGAAGAAGCCGGAGCAGGAGGCGGCAGUCUCGGAGAAAAAGAUUGAAGCAGAGGACAAGAAAACCGAGUCAGAGAAGACGGCUGAGAAAGAGGAGGCGAAACCAAGCGACGAGCCAAAGAAGGGCGGCGGCGAGAGCGAGUCCGCCGAGCCCGCGAAGGAAAAGGCCACCGAGCCGGCCAAGGAAGCCGCCGCGGCUCCCGCGAAGGAGGCCAGCAAUGGCGAGAGCGAGGCCAAGGAGAAGAAGCAGAGCAAGCCCAAGGAGGUCGCCGCCGCCACGACCGACAGGUCCCUGCCUCCUCGGCACGCGCACCAGGAGUACAGCCCCUACUACGCUCCGCAGCCGGUGAUGAGCUACCACAUGGCGCAGCCGAAAGCGAGCGUCUCCUACUACGCGCCGCAGCCGGAGCAGGGGUACUCCAUGCAGCAGCAACCACCGCAGCCGCAGCACGGGUACUCCUCGUCGAUGAACAUGAUGCCACCGCCGCAGGAGGCGUACUCGCAGCAGGGGCAGCCAAUGCAGCAGUGGUCGCCGUCGUACCUGUACAUGCCGUACCCGCACGCGUCGCCCGAGUCCUACUACCAGGACUACUACAGCCCGCCGGGGACGCACGCGCCGGCGCCGGCGCCCCCGCUGCCGCUCCAGGACUCGUACCGCCUCUUCGACGACGAGAACCCAAACUCCUGCAGCGUCAUGUGAUGUGAUCGAAACGGCCGGCCGCCGGCGGGGAAGUAGCUGAGGAGGCGUGAGGCGCGCGGCUUCGCGGUAACAGAUCGGGACCUCUCUGGUUGUAGGUAGAGUAGCUUGUUACUCUCUUCGAUCGCACGGGAGGUCAAAGCUCUCCCUGACCAAUCCUUUUUUUCCUUCUUCUUUAAUUUCUUUUUAUCAUUAUUAGUAGUAUAUUACUGUUCUAUAAAUGGAGCAUGUAAUAAUUUUAAUGAGAAUAUGAGAUACGCCUUUACCUGUAGCUUCAA